UCUUCUCAAAAUUUCCCCAACCCAACAAAAAAGCCAGCACAGCUCCGCCUCUGCCACCGUCUCUCCAGCCGGCAAAUCCACCACGCCCACCGCCGCCGCUCCUCCAGCUGUCACCCCAACCUCUUCUCCGACCAUCCCAUGUCCUUCCACUUCAACCCACUCCACACUACACCUAAAGCAGCUCCGAGCCCUCCAGUCCCUCAGCAUUCCAACGGCCAUAGACCCCUGCGCUCAGCCUUCCCCAUUCCGCAACGUCCUCUCCCUCCACCUCUCCAACUGCUCCGACGGCGUUUCCCUCUCCUUCACCGCCCUCAAGUCCCUCUCCACCCUCCAGUCUCUCUCCUUCACCAACUGCCCCAUUACCCCUAUCUGUUUCCCUUCAGAUCCCGCCCUCGCCCUCCGCUCUUUCACUUGUGCGCAUUCUCUCAAACACCUAACGGACGUCUAGCUCUCCCACUUCGUCAACCUCACCGUAACCGAUGUCCCCGUCAGCACCACCGGGCUCUACGUCGUCAUCGGGAAUAUGAACAAGCUCCGGUCGCUCACCAUCACGAAUGCGAAUCUCACGGGCUCGAUUCCUAA